AUGUCGGCGGAGCGGAAUAAGAACAAGAAGACCCCGGCGAAAAAGACGUCGAACCCAGCAGCAGCAGAACCCAAGACCCAAGAAAAGCCCAACAAAAAGACCAGUAGCAGCAAGAAACAACAACCGCCAAAGGAAAAAGUCGUCAGCACUUAUUAUAGCAAGCAGAAAAAAGGUGUUGCUGCUGCUGCAGAAAAAGACGGCGGGAAAACGACGACGUCGUCUCUUCUACUCGACGACGCCGACAACAACACCAACAGUAGUAGUAAUAACAGUAACAGUAGACAACUCCGACGAUGUCGAUUGCCAGCCGAGACGGACCUGAUCCCGCCGGCUGCGUAUCACAUGUCGGAUCCGUCGACGCCGGAAUUCGACGCCAUCAUCUCGACGCUUCGUCGGGCCGUCGUCGCCGUCGACACUCAUCCCUGGCCCAGCACAAGCAAUAAGAACCCUUCUUCUUCUUCUUCUUCUUCGGCAACGACACGCGUCUUUACGAAAAACAACGCCAAGACAUCAGUGACAGCGUCGAGUUCAGUGUUACCAAUGAUGAUGAUGAACAGCAGCAGCAGCAGGUUCCGCAAGGCCAAGAGUGCCGUCGAAUUCGACAGCAGUGCCUUAUUGUCUCAUCCGUAUUCGGAUGCAUCUUUGAUGGUGCUGCCAUCUGCGACGCACCUGCGGCUGCCGAUGACACCACCUGACGCAGCCACCAUGGCAUCCACGUCUGCUGCAUCAGCCAUAGCCAUGGCCCCUCACCAGAGGUCGCUGUCACUGCCCAAGUCAUUCCUCAGUGAUCGCUAUGGACUGCAUGGCAUCCGAGCUGCACUUCCCAGUACUCUGGCUGGAGAUGAGGCAAUUUUCAGAGGCCUGGGAUUGGCCAGAAAAGGUCAAGUCAAAGAUGUCGUCGGGGACAGCAAACAAAAGUUCUCCAAGAGGAAAAAUUUCGUCAGUGUGAAAAUUCGCACGUGCGCAGUUAUUGGAUUCGCAGUCGUGAAUGAAAGAACCGCGUCUGAUAUACGACAGGCUGAUAACGGAAAUUCAGAUAAGCACUUUAGAUAA